AUGGAUCCCCGCAUCGGUAUCUCCGAGAUAAUGCUCCGUCUGGAACAACGUAGGAGUCCACAGUGUAGGUGAGCUCCCAGAUAAGCUAACAUUGCUCUGCUGCCUUUUCUCUCGCUUGUUCUUGUUUGCUUGCUCUCUGUCUACCUGUUUGUAUUUGUUCUUGUUGAAAGCUAAACGCCGCUCUGUCGAGUUUCCUCUGUCGCCUUUGCUUUUUACUGUUAGGACCCUCUGCUUUUUGACUGCUUGUUCCUGUCCGUCCUUACUGCAAGCUACAUGCCGUUCUGUGGAAUUUGUCUCUCACCGGUUUUAUUUCAGAAACUAGUUAACCUAGAGUGGGACGGAAAAGCUCUGCUUCCCGUAUCUCUUCCUUUCCACCAUCGCCCCUUCCCCUGAAGCCCUACGGCGAUGUUAUAGGCAAGCCCAGACUAACUCAGGUCGUUCUCCCACCAAAUAAAUGUCUUGGCCAAUAGUGGAGUUCGGCAGCCCUCUGGGACAACUGAGCAGCCAUAGUAAGGGAAAGCACUUCUCACCCCAGCGAGGGGGAAGGGGCUAGAAAAGGUGCUCUAAACAAAUGCUGGGGACCCACGCCGUCCGCAGGCUGACCGUGGAGUCAGACGAAAAACUCACGGUUGAAACAACCAAACCAGAAACAACACUCUCUCUCUUCCCACUCCUCCUCCUGCCGCCCCGCCCGCCAGACCGGUAGGGUGAGUCCGCUCACUCUGGCUGCCUAGAAUGUUCGAUUCCUUUUAGAAAAUUCGAGGCGCAACCGACCGGAAUGGAGGACAGCGCUACUGGCUCGGGAAUUGGCGCGCUACAAGUUGGAAAUCGCUGCACUCAGUAAGACCCGCAUCUCCGAACAAGGCCAACUGGAGGAGGUGGGUGCCGGCCACACCUUCCUCUGGAGCGGUCGUCCAAGAGCAGAGCGACGGGACGCAAACGUCGCCUUUGUCAACCGGAAUGACAUCGUGGGACGACUGCCCCGUCUGCCGCAGGGCAUCAACGAUAGUCUGAUGGCAAAUUCGUCACCAUCACCAACGUCUACGCUCCGCCGAUGA